CUUCGAAUUCCCAAUUUUUCAGUGGCCGUACUCACUCCCCCACCCCCCGCCCCCUCCCUACCACUGCCCACCCCUCCUUUCCUCCUCCUCCUUCGAGACGAUCCCCUCCUCGAUCUGGCGUCUCCUCCAUCUCGGCUGUUUCCGAUCCUCGCUCUCCCGCUCCCGAAUGGAGGCCGUUCAGGAUGCCGCCUCGGUCGUCACCACCACCACCCCCACCGCCAACGGGGGUGGUGCGGCGGCGAGCGCCAAUUCCCCGCCGCCGUUCCUCAGCAAGACCUACGACAUGGUCGACGACCCCUCCACCGACGCCGUCGUCUCCUGGAGCCGCGGCAACAACAGCUUCGUCGUCUGGAACGUCCCCGAGUUCUCCCGCGACCUCUUGCCCAAGUAUUUCAAGCACAGCAACUUCUCCAGCUUCGUCCGCCAGCUCAACACUUACGGGUUUAGGAAGGUUGACCCUGAUCGCUUCGAAUUUGCAAAUGAGGGUUUCCUUAGAGGUCAGAAGCACCUCCUCAAGAGUAUCAGCAGGCGGAGACCCGCUCACGUCCAGAAUAAUCAGCAACCACCUCAAGCCCAAGGCUCGUCUGUUGGAGCUUGUGUUGAGGUGGGAAAGUUCGGGCUUGACGAAGAGGUUGAAAGACUAAAGAGGGACAAAAAUGUCCUUAUGCAGGAACUUGUUAGGUUGAGGCAACAGCAGCAAUCGACGGAUAACCAGCUGCAAAAUGUCGGGCAGCGUGUUCAGGCGAUGGAGCAGAGGCAGCAGCAAAUGAUGUCAUUCCUUGCAAAGGCCAUGCAGAGUCCUGGAUUCUUUUCUCAAUUCGUAAAGCAACAGAAUGAUACCAACAGGCGCAUUGGUGAAGCUAACAAGAAAAGGAGACUCCCUAGAGAGGAAGAAGAAAAUUCAUCUGUUUGCCAUAAGUUAAAAGCCCCAGGUGGGCAGAUUGUGAAGUAUCAACCUUCCAUGAAUGAAGCAGCCAAAGCAAUGCUACGUCAAAUAUUGAAAAUGAACACAUCUGGGCUUGAACAAUCAUUAACCAACAAUGAGACAUAUUUAAUCGAUCACGUUCCUUCUUCGAGUGCUCUGGACAGUAGGAGCUCCUCAAACCGUACUUCUGGGGUGACCUUAGCAGAGGUUUUACCAACACCCGGGCAGUCUAAGAGUUCAGCUGAUUCAGGCUUUUGUGUCAGUCAUCUUGGUGGGGUUCCUGAUUCACAAUCUUCUUCAUACGCAGCAGAGCAUGUUAAUACACAUCAGACUCAAGAGAUACAUUUGCCAGUGCCGCAGGACAAUGCAGAUCUCCCUGAUGCAAACUUUUUGGUUUCGGAAACUGCAAGUCCUGACUAUCUUGAAACUCUGUCCGCAGCUUUAGAUGGGACCAUGGAUGUCGAGUCAGAUGCUUUUUCUUCUGAACGAGAUGCGGGAAUUAUGCUGGAUGAUGUAACUAAUCUUCCAGCGAUCAGUGAUGUCUUCUGGGAACAGUUUCUUGCGGCAAGUCCACUUACUGCAGACACAGAGGAGAUUAGUUCGACCUCUCAUGAAACUGGCAUCACGAAUGAUCAAGAGUCACACACUAAGGUGGAGAAUGGAUUUGAGAAGGCCCAUUACAUGGAUCAUCUUACCAAACAGAUGGGUCAUCUCACCUCCAACAACGGAACAGGAUGAUAUGUUCUUAUCUACUUUGUACACUGGAUAAUCUCUUCCAGACUAGAGGUGAAUGUUAAUGCAGGAUGCGAAUAACAAAUUAUGCCACCCCUAACUUUCUACGCUCUACACGAGCUGAGGUUGCCCAUAUUAAACCUACUAAACCUGAACUGCAAGUUUACAAUCCAUGGGCUGUUGGUUUCAAUCCCGUUUGCGUGCGCUUUCGCAAAUGUGCCCAUUAAUGUAACAGUAAGUUCACGUUUUCUCGACUUGUGGAGCAUCUGCUUUCUGGCAAAAAUUGGGUAACUUGAGCUUUUUAUUUCA